AUGAGAGCCCUGGGCUUCCUCCUCCUGUCCCUAGGCUGCUGGGCCCAGAAGAUACCCCGUCUGAGGUUCACCCUGCCAGACUCUCCGGCUCUGAGCUUCGAGGAUGGGGAGAAGCCCGCAGCCAUCUCCCACGACCCAGGCUCGGAGCAGCUGUACGUCGGGGGCCGGGGAGCCGUGCACGUGCUGACGUUCACCGAGGCUGAGGUCAACCAGACCCGGGUUGUCCUGCCAGCUGAGGAGAAGGCACUGAAGGAUUGCAAGAGCCGGCCAGGGGCCCAGCAGGCCGAGUGCGAGAACUUUAUCCGCGUGAUCCAGCGGCUCAACAGCAGCUCCAUCAUCGUUUGCGGCACCAACGCCGGCUCCCCGCGGUGCUGGUUCCUGACCAACGACAUGAAGCUGCAGCAGAACAAACUGGGCCGGCUCAUCUCCAUCAACGGGGAAAACCUCUCCCCUGCGUGGCCAUCGCAGCCUGCCGCCACCAUCGCUGUGGAGGGCAACCUGUACUCGGCGCUGUCCCAGCAGAAAAGCACCAUCCAGAGGAGCUAUGGGCCAAAAAAGCUGCUCAGGACGGAAGACAAAUGGCUGGCAAACACAGAGUUCAUCAGCGCUGCCCUGCUGCCGCAGAAGGAAAAGACUCUGGAUGAAAUCUUCUUCUUCUACAACGAGGUGAACAAGAUGGCGGGGCUCGAUGAGGAGCCAGUGAAAGCCCAGAUUGGACGGGUGUGCAAGGUGGAUGAAGGUGGGAAGAGCCUCCUCGUCGACUCCUGGUCCACUUUCCUCAAGGCGAGGCUGGUCUGCGGCCACCCUGCUGACCCCCAGCGCUUCCACCGGCUGCGCGACGCCUUCGUGCUCAGCGAGGGGCAGCAGGGCGGGGGGAUGUUGUACGGCAUCUUCUCCAGUGCCUGGGGCACGACUGCCAUCUGCACUUACUCCAUGGACAGGGUGAACCAAAUCUUCCGGACCUCCAAGCUCAAGGGGUACAGCAGUGUCAUGCCAGCACACAGGCCCGGCACGUGCGUGCCCUACAGCUCCCCCAACGCCCCAUCCAAGGCCACGCUCAGCAUCAUUAAGGAGUAUCCAGAGAUAGAGCAAGUCAUCUACCCCGAGGGGCAGCGUCCCCUGUACAUGCUGCAGACCAACGACACCUACACGCAGGUGGUGGCCGACCGGGUCCUGGAUGCCAGCAAUGCCUCCCACACCGUCCUCUACCUCGGGACAGAUAAAGGGAAAAUCCACAAAGUGCUGCAGGGCGAAGGGCAGACUGUCAUCAUUGCUGAGAUGAGUCCCUUUCGAAGAGAAGCGCCCAUCUCUGGCCUCAUCCUGGAUGCCUCCACAGGAUACCUCUAUGCCAGCACUGAGUUCGAGGUGACGCGCCUGCUGCUAGCAGACUGCGGGCAAUACAGGGAGACCUGCUGGAAGUGUGUCCUCGCCCGGGACCCGUACUGCGGAUGGGAUCUGGAGAACAAGAGGUGUUCUGCUGUGUCCCAGGAGGCGAAUGCCACGACCAGCAGCUUCCUGCAGAGCCUGCAUCCCGAGGCUGGGGACGUGUGUGAAGGUGUGGCAGACCAAGUGGCUCAAGAAGCCCUGAAGAAGGUGAGUGUUGACCCGACCAGCUACAUCUACCUACCCUGCCCCCUGCGUUCCCACCACGCCAUCUACACGUGGGUCAAGGAUGGCGCCAAGCAGUACCCGUGUGACAUGGACGGGCACUCGUGUACACUGCGCUUCGGGGAGAACGCCCCCAUGGACCAGGGCGUGUUCAAGUGCACUGCCACGGAGGAGGGCUACAAGGAGGAGAUCACUGUGUACAAACUCACACUCAACAGUGCCGCGGUCCCCCAGCUGCCUCUGAUGAUGCUGUUCCUCACCAUUGCGAUUCUCCUGUGCUAG